CUAGACCCAGCCUCGGUGUGGCGGGUGGCUUAUAAAAGCUAAGUGCUGGCUAUCAAAGCUACCCUUUUAGAUUAGAAAAUCAAUACAAAAUUAUCCCAAAACACCAAUGCGCAUCACUACAACGCGCCACCAUGUCCGACACCGAUUUCGAGACGAUCAGGAAGCUACAGGCUGAGAGGAAUGCUGCCUCUGCUGGUAAGAAGGGAUCGAAGACAUUCGAUCCGUCAAGUCAGCGAACUGAUGUUUCCACCAAGGCCUCCCUAACAGAAAGCUUCGAUACCAGUCUUUAUGAGCGCGAUGGCGUUGAUAAAUUCGCAGGUUACAACACUUCCAUUGCGGUGACAGAUGGUGACGAUGAUGAAAUGGAAGGAGCUGAUACCAGUCGGCGAUUGGUAGGCCAGUAUACAGCUUCCAAGGAACAAAUGAACGAAUUCGCGCAUGGUAAUGGGGUCGAGGAGGAAGAUAUUCUCUUGGGCAGAGAGAAAAGUGCACGAAUCUCCGAUCGCGAAACCGAUUACCAGAAGCGUCGACACGACCGAGUUCUAACUCCCACCAGAGCUGAUGGAAAUGCCGAGAGCUACAGAGAUGUUAUGGCCAGGAGAGAACUCGAGCGUGAAGAAGAAAGGGUUAGGAAAGCCAUUGAGGAGAAGAAGGCUAACGGCGAGGUUGUCCACCAUACUGCAACGCUAAUCAAGGAAGAUGGUGGUGAUAAGGAGAACGACGAAGCUGGCUCUACGGAAGCUGUCGCGAGCGGGCGCAAAAGAAAGAAGAGGUGGGAUGUAGGCACCGAAGAAGACGCCAGUAUGGCUCCACCAUCAACGGAAGGCAAAACUAAACGUUCAAGAUGGGAUCAAACACCAGCAGUGGGAGGUGCCGCGGUUGAUGAAACUCCUAAGAGAAGAUCUAGAUGGGAUCAAGCACCUGCUGCCACUCCCAUGGGCAAUCAAGGAUUAGUAACUCCAAUGCAUCCAUCGCAAAUGGGUGGACCAGCUAUACCAACUACAUUCGGGACUGAUAUCUCAUCACGAAAUGCACCACUUUCAGACGAGGAGCUGGACAUGAUGUUGCCAUCUGAAGGCUACAAAAUUCUAGAACCUCCGCCUGGUUACGCUCCAAUUCGAACUAUUGCACAAAAGGUCAUGGCUACACCAUUACCUGCGGGUGGAUUCAUGAUGCAAGAUCCAGAUAGUGGAAGACAAUUGGCAAAGCAGCUUCCAACAGAAAUACCAGGCGUGGGAGACCUACAAUUCUUCAAGGCGGAGGAUAUGGCAUAUUUUGGAAAGCUGACUGAUGGUAGCGACGAAAACUCAAUGAGUGUCGAAGAACUCAAGGAAAGAAAGAUCAUGAGACUUUUACUGAAGGUCAAGAAUGGUACACCACCGAUGCGAAAGACAGCUUUGCGUCAACUCACUGAUAACGCCAGACAAUUUGGUGCUGGACCUUUGUUCAAUCAAAUCCUUCCAUUGCUUAUGGAAAAGACGUUGGAAGACCAAGAGCGCCAUUUGCUAGUCAAGGUUAUUGACCGUAUUCUCUACAAGCUUGAUGACCUUGUCAGACCAUAUGUUCACAAGAUUUUGGUCGUAAUUGAACCAUUGCUUAUCGACCAAGAUUACUAUGCUCGAGUUGAAGGUCGAGAAAUUAUCUCUAAUCUCAGUAAAGCAGCAGGGUUGGCUCACAUGAUCAGUACUAUGCGACCAGAUAUUGAUCAUGUUGAUGAAUAUGUCCGAAACACAACUGCGAGAGCCUUUGCUGUUGUUGCGUCUGCACUAGGCAUCCCUGCACUUCUUCCUUUCCUACGAGCGGUUUGUAGGAGUAAGAAGUCAUGGCAAGCAAGACAUACUGGUGUUAAGAUCGUUCAACAAAUCCCUAUCUUGAUGGGUUGUGCCGUCCUCCCUCAUCUGAAAGGGUUGGUUGACUGUAUUGGUGGUAAUCUUAAUGACGAUCAGACAAAAGUUCGAACUGUCACCAGUUUGGCGAUUGCAGCUUUAGCAGAGGCAGCGAAUCCCUAUGGUAUUGAAAGUUUCGAUGAUAUUUUGAACCCCUUGUGGAGCGGAUCAAGGUCAGUGUAUUAUUUUCUUCUUUUUUUCUUCUUUUUUUUUUCUCUACUCCUGACAACUAUCUGGAUAUUCCCCCUGGAUGCUCGACUAUACUCACGACCCUGUCUGGAUACUAACCCCUGUCUCAACGCCUUCCAUUUGAGGAUGCAACCACACCUUCCUCUACAUGACUCCAAGAUGGCACUUGUCGGAUUGAUCUUCUGGAUUUCUUUUCACUCCCUUCUCUCUAAUCCACUCAUCGGCACCCUCUUCACAACUCAUGAAAUAACAUUCUACAACAUCUGCCAAACAAUAUACCCUGUUAAAACGGAUUGUGGGAUUAAUUUCGAGCUUUUUUCUUACUGCUAUACGUUGUUGAGUAAAUUAGACCCUUCGGCACUCUUGUUUUAAGGAAUCGAUCAUUAGUGAUUGAACAUUUGGUACUAAAAGAACUUGGGUUUCAUCUAUCUUGUAAGUAAUCACUUUAUACAUGAUUGAUUAUGCUAAUAAGUUGAAGAGUAUGGAGGCCUUACUUCUUAAGUUUAUACUAUCAGCUACUUGGCUUGUACUCAAUACGACAUCGUCGAUCAAUAAGGAUACUAUUUACGAUCAGGUCUACAGCAGCAAAGACGUCUUUGAAGAAAUCGCCUCUACUGUUUCUAUUGCCUUUUCUACUUGCCUUUGGGAAAUGUUUCAAGCUAUUACUCCACCAACCAUUGACACAUUCAAGACUCUUCGUGCCCCAGUCAAGACUGAUCGACUUUGGGCUAUCUAUCUUGUGGUGCUUAAGAAGCCUGGUUGUAAACCUAAGCUAUACAUUGGGAGUGGCACUGGUGCGAAGACUGAGGUUUGGAGACGAGUACAAGCUUACUAAGACGAGUACAAGCUUACUAAGACGAGUACAAGCUUACUAUGGCGAGUAUACCUUGCCUAGGUAUGUUGCUACAGCUCUCAACCAUGGCUUCAAGGUCACUCAUGUCGGCUUGCUCUGCUGGAUUGAUAUUCCACCCCUGCUCGUGUUCCUAUCUUUCGUAUGUUCUUCUUACUUCUUGAAGCUACAUUUACCUACAUUUUGUGGGCUAUGAGAAGCGUUGAGAAAGAUGCUAAAAUAAGUUUUUGGUAUCUUUGGGAUCAUACAACCUUAAAGUAUAAUGGAUGCUGUAGGCACUAUUGUUUAUCAGAACCUAUCAUAGGUGAUACAGCAUUAUCAGCAGAACAGCUUGAAGCUUUAUCUAUUGAGCGUAAAAAGAAUCAUAAAAAGGUCAACAAGGAUUCUAGGACAAGAAUCAGAAAAGCUAAGGUCUAGUAUUGUGAUAUCUGUAAGAUCUCUAAGGUAUCACAGUAUCGACUAGAUCAGCACAAUAUUACGCCAGCACACAUCAGUAAGGCAGCAGAUAUGACGUCCACUAAGAAACCUUACAAAUGUUUUGUAUGUAAUGCUGCUUUCAAGAUUGUCGGUCAUCUUAAUAGGCACAAAAAGAGUGUUAGGCACCAAGAUGCCUAGUCGAGCCCCAAGCUCGAUUAAAGGGACUUCCUAGGACUAUCUUUUGGACCUCUUUUGGACUGGACUGGACUUCAUUUCAUACAUCACUACUCGCCCCUUUGGACCGGACUGGACUCUCUCGGAAUCAAACAUUCGAAAUACAUUUUCCUUUCUUCUCGGAUCAAACAUUCGGAAUACAUCAUACUGACUCAUGAGUAGGAAACAACGUGGAAAGGGUCUCGCUGGUUUCUUGAAGGCUGUUGGAUACAUCAUUCCUUUAAUGGACGAAGAAUAUGCCAACUACUAUACUGGCCAAAUCAUGGAGAUCCUCCUAAGAGAAUUUUCAUCUCCUGAUGAGGAAAUGAAGAAAGUAGUGCUCAAGGUUGUUUCACAAUGCGCUGGGACCGACGGAGUUACGGCAGGAUACCUGAAAGAGAACGUAUUAGAUGAAUUUUUCAAGAGUUUCUGGGUUCGGAGAAUGGCUUUGGAUAAGCGUAACUAUAGACAGGUGGUUGAAACCACAGUUGAUCUGGGACAAAAGGUCGGUGUUGGCGAAAUUGUUGAGCGUAUCGUCAACAACUUAAAGGAUGAAAGCGAGGCGUACCGCAAGAUGACUGUGGAGACGAUUGAGAAGGUCAUUGCUAGUCUUGGUGCUGCAGAUAUCGGUGAAAGGCUUGAAGAACGACUUAUUGAUGGUAUCUUGCACUCUUUUCAGGAACAGAGUGUCGAGGAUAUUGUUAUGUUAAAUGGGUUCGGAACUGUGGUCAAUGCUCUUGGUACGAGAUGCAAGCCAUACCUUCCCCAAAUUGUCAGUACUAUUUUAUGGCGAUUAAACAACAAAUCCGCGACUGUCCGACAGCAAGCGGCGGACUUGAUCUCUCGAAUAGCAAUGGUUAUGAAGCAAUGUGGUGAAGAUGCUUUGAUGGGCAAGCUAGGUGUUGUGCUUUACGAAUACCUCGGUGAAGAAUAUCCCGAAGUUCUUGGAUCCAUCCUUGGCGCCUUGCGUUCUAUUGUCACUGUGGUUGGUAUCAACCAAAUGCAACCUCCAAUCAAGGACUUACUUCCUCGGCUUACACCAAUUUUACGAAAUCGACACGAGAAGGUACAAGAAAAUACCAUUGAUUUGGUUGGUCGUAUCGCUGAUCGUGGGCCUGAAAGCGUUAAUGCUAGAGAAUGGAUGAGAAUCUGUUUCGAACUUUUAGAUAUGCUCAAGGCUCACAAGAAAGGUAUUCGUCGCGCUGCCAAUAACACUUUCGGUUUCAUCGCCAAAGCCAUUGGACCUCAGGAUGUUCUCGCGACUCUCUUAAACAAUCUUCGGGUUCAAGAACGUCAGUCUCGUGUCUGUACAGCUGUAGCAAUUGGUAUCGUUGCGGAAACUUGCGCGCCAUUCACAGUCCUUCCAGCAUUGAUGAACGAAUACCGUGUUCCCGAACUCAAUGUUCAAAAUGGUGUCCUCAAGUCACUUUCCUUCCUUUUUGAGUACAUUGGUGAGAUGGCCAAAGAUUAUGUCUAUGCCAUCACACCCUUACUUGAAGAUGCAUUGAUUGAUCGUGACCAAGUCCACAGACAGACUGCUGCCUCCGUUGUCAAGCACGUAGCAUUGGGUGUGGUUGGUCUUGGUUGUGAAGAUGCUAUGCUUCAUCUUCUCAACUUACUAUACCCCAAUCUUUUCGAGACGAGUCCUCACGUCAUCGACCGCAUUGUCGAAGCUAUUGAAGCUAUCAGGAUGGCAAUUGGACCAGGUCUGGUUCUCAACUAUGUCUGGGCUGGGUUAUUCCAUCCAGCACGCAAAGUUAGGCAACGUAAGUCACUUUGAAAUCCCAUUGCCCAUCUAUAGAAUUAGUACUAAUUGUAUCUCUAGCUUAUUGGACGCUCUACAACAGCGCUUAUGUAUUAUCGGCCGACGCUAUCGUGCCUUACUACCCAAACAUGGAUGAUGAGAAGAUGGACAGGCCAGAUCUGGCGAUUGUGAUAUAAACAGGCAUGCGAGGUUUUUACAUGGAAGUUUGGGCAUUUGCGCGUACGUGUGUAUAUUAAUAAUGAUAGCGAGUACGAAAUAUCAUGUUUACUUGUUUCAUUCUAAGAUGCUAAUUUGGCAAAAUCAUGCGAAGUUCACAAAGGGAAAUAGUGACUUGUCCCAGGACCCAGCAGAGUCGAAGGGGAAUUUUUGUCAUUUUUUAGACAUGCAAAGAUCUUGCACAUUUGAAAUUACACUGGGCAAUUGAAUGAUCUCUUGGACAUA